UGUUGUUCCCGAGCGAGAACGCGACCGGAAUCGGACCGUCUCUGGUUUUAUCGGGGAAAAAGGGGAUCAGUACGACGCGAUGCUUGGUGUAUCGUGGAACCAUUGAGGAUAAUGUCGCGGUCCGAUCGUCUCGCCGCCCUUCUCGCUCUCCUCUGCGUCUUUGGGCUCGCCCGUGCGAUUUACCAUCCUAGAGAAGCAACAACAAAACCACCGAAACGAAUAGAGCCAGCUCUUGCCUGGUAUUUGUCAGAGAAAGAUGUCAUAGAAUCAACCGAGGAUCCCUCGCGUUCUCCAAAAUGGCAGACGGAUCCCGAUAACCCUAUCCCUAAGAAACCAUACACAGUGAACGCUGAGACAAAGACCUGGAUUCCUUGGUCGAAGGUUCCUGACACUGAAAUUCAACAUAAAACAGACAUAUCAGAAACCGAUUGUCCGAAACCGAUUAAUGUCAAUCGAGACGGCGACUAUGCCUUGGAAUACAGCGACUACGAGCAGCAAGAAAAUCGAAAAUUCCCAUCGGUGCCGGCCGAUUCUCGUGAUUUGGGACAACGUCGGGACCGCAGUAGUGUUAAGAAUAAAGAAGACAAACAUAAUGUAAAAAGUAAUCAAGAUUACGAAGAAAUACCCGCUGAUAACACGAAACCUCACAAGGAAGAACUUUCUGUUUCAUCAAGCCUGAGAUCAACGGUAGCUCGAUACGAUUCGAAACUUGGGGUACAGUGUCCAGACUUCGAUUCGACUGGACAAUUCGUCUACCCCCCCGACUGCAAAUUCUUCGUUAAUUGCUGGAAAGGUAGAGCAUUCGUUCAACCAUGUGCUCCUGGGACACUGUUCAAUCCAGACACUUUGGAAUGCGAUUUUCCGCACAAAGUGAGUUGUUACGGCGGAGAGGUUGCCGAAUUUCCUUCCACCGAGUAUCUGGAUUCGCUGGGAAGGAGAGAGCCUUUGGCGUCUGGGUCACACGCUUUUCUGGAACACGAGAGACUACGGGAACCACGAUGUCCUCCUCAAAUAACAGGUAUGCUGCCGCAUCCAUCGGAUUGCACGAAGUUCUUACAGUGCGCGAAUGGCGGGACGCACAUCAUGGAUUGUGGUCCAGGAACAGUGUUCAACCCUGCCAUUAGUGUUUGUGACUGGCCACGUAACGUGAGAGGCUGUGAAGAUGCCUUAAAGUCCAGCGACACCACGACGCCGUUGGUACCUCCAGAUUAUGAAACUUUCGAGCACAAGAAAUUGCAGUUCAAUAGGCAUGAACCAGCGAAGAAGAUUGUUUGUCCCGCUGAUUUUACAGGAUUGUUACCUCACCCAGACACUUGUACGAAAUUUUUGCAGUGCGCUAAUGGAGGUACUUUCAUCAUGGACUGCGGCCCAGGAACAGCCUUUAAUCCUUCCAUCAGCGUUUGUGAUUGGCCUUACAACGUACCUGGCUGCAGCGAAAAGAAGACAACUACUGCCAAACCAUGGUCAUCUGGCUCGGAUUCAAGAAACUGGGAGCAUACUGUUUACAACCAAUACGGCCGAGGACAAUCAAUGUCACCAAGCAAUCCAACAACGAGUCGACCUGCAACAGACUGGGACGCGUUGCGUCCAACAUGGCGGCCAAGUUGGAUGCCGAAUUCUGAAGAUACUGCGAAGCCUCCAGAAGCAGACUCAGAUACUCCUAGUCACAAUUGGAAACCGCAUUGGACACCUAACACUAGGACUACUCCUGUGCCACCUCAUUGGUCAGGUCAAUACGGCCAUGGUAGUCAAUAUGAUGGCAAUGUACCCUCUUAUCCUAGACAUCCUGAUGAAUCAGAUCGUUGGGGUCCAAAAGGAAACCCAGGCUCUCCAAGUGUACCAUGGCAACAGGGUCCUGGGUCCAGUGGUCACGUACCAAAUCACAUGUACCAUCAGCAUCACCAUCAUGUUCAUCAUCAUUACCCAUAUGGCUCUACACACAAUGGUAGUGGACGUCCAGAGACUCAACAACCUGCUCCUCCUUCUGGUCCUCAACCUCAAGGACCUCGUCAACCUGAUGGCAGGUGGCAACCAGAAUAUCAUCAUCAUGAUCAUCAUCAUAGCUGGCCUCAUCCUGGUCCUAGUUUACCAGAGUACCAUGAGUCUGGUCAACAAACUCAAAGGCCUUUCUUAGAUCAGAAAGAAGACUCUUCUAACAUUCAUGAAUCUGAACAACACACUACAGUCACUCUGUUUGAUCAGACAGAGGAUUCUUCUAAUAUUCACGAGUCUGAUCAGCAGACUCGAAGUGUCAUCUUUGAGCAGCCGAAUCCUUCUAACACUCAUGUUAGAUUCGAUCAUGUAAACCUGCCAUCUAAUCGAAGAUCGUGGCAAGAGUUGACACCCAAUAGGCAAGAGCAUGGUAGAAAUGAUCCACGGUUUCCUCAACCGGGAUACAAUCAACAACCUCUGCCCGGUGAAAAUGUUUAUGUGGACAAUACCUAUAAAGUGCCAGAGAAUGACGAUAGACAGACCAGGAAUAAAACAAUUUGGACUCAUUCAGUAUCGACGCCAAGAUUUGCCCCUCGUAUCUCGAACCAGCAAGGACCUAGACCAUCAUCACCUGAAGGUCAUCCUCAACCAGAGAAUAAACGGUGGAAUCAAGGUCGCACCAGAAAUGACAUUUUUCAGAAUUGGAGGGAUCGGAACAUCUAUGAUAGAGUAGCUGAUAAGGAAGCGGAUUCGAAACUCAACCAGUGGACACCGAAAAUAGACAUUUAUCAGAAUACAAACAAAAAAUUUCCACCAGAGAUUAAAGACACCUCAUUCGAUGCUUCGAGAAUGAAUUAUCCGAGCAACGUAUACAUAGAUACAAAUGACACAAGGGACCACUUCAGCAGAAAAGAUAUUCAAAUUCACCAGGGACACUCGAAGACGAAAACUUAUGGACCGAAUGAUCGAUAUAAUAUAAGCGACCGAAAUAUUUACAUCGAUUCGCAAUCCACCGAUAUUCCUACAUUACCAGUGGAGCUCCAGCCGCCAUAUUAUAAUACUUUCGAUCGUCCAAAUGCAACUAAAAAUACUUCAGCUUCACCUGGUCGACGUACUUCUAAGCAUCAUCGAAUGAAUUCCUCAUCGGAUAGUACUGGAGAUUUAUCAGGAUCUGACACAAUCCAUCGCCAAAUAUUCGAGGUCAGGGCAGGCUUUCCGCCACAUUACCCACCUCCCAGUCGAUCGUUGACAUCUCCGGGUUCAACGAAUCCAUCAAGAGGCGACGUUAACUUAGCACCAGUGCUACCAUCAGAUUUGCUGCCGCCGUAUUACAAACCGUCACGUACCAACUCGAAUUACCCAGCUGAGCCAGCGACAGAUCUUCAGCCGCCAUUUUACGAACCCCCGAGUGUUCCUCAGAAUACACCGAAUUUCAGCCAUCCGCAGGAACCAAAUCCUUUCUUGGUACCACCGAGUCCUGACUCAUCGAGUAAUUCCGAUCCAUACUCAAAUGUGCCAACAGUGAGCAUUGAACCACCAAGUUACCAAGCAAACAAUGGCUCUACCAACUCCUCUGUCUCUGUGAAGACUACCAAACGCAAACAAAGAGUUCCUGACGUGCAUAUGGUCCUGCCAAAGAAAAGCGUUCAAAGAACACCGAAGAAAGCUUUGGAGAAAGUUACUACCACUACGGAACCUGCCUUGUCUAGCGUAGAGGUCGAAGCGAAUGAUUAUUUCGCGAAUCCAGAUUACGAUGUGGACGUCUUGGAUGAGAGGGAAGUUUGGAAGCCAGUGUUGGUAUUCGAAAAUAAAACUCGGACGACCACGGAAUCGAGCCAUAUCAUGAGAAUCAAUGAGAAAAAGUCGGACGUGGAUCUUUUUAAUAUCGAAGCUCCUCCAGUUGACGGAGAGGAACCACCAUUUCCAUCGUAUUAUGUGCCACCGGUGGAACCAUUAGACCACGCUCGAAAAGUGUCUCAUCCGACUCCAAUCUCUGGCCAGGUGAUUCGUCUGAGGGGUGGUUCUGGUCCCCACGAAGGUUACGUGGAAGUUCAAGGAAAAAUCCCUGGCUGGGGAGUCGUUUGCGAUUCCAGAAACAGCUGGACGCUGAAAGAAGCUCAUGUUGUGUGCAAGCAACUAGGUUACACAAGAGGUGCCGAAAUGGCCUGGCAAGGGAGGAACAAUCGCAACGGGAUACCCAGUUGGAUAGCCGCGGAUUCUGUGUCUUGUCAAGGCAACGAGACCAGAUUCCAAAUGUGCAAAUUCACUCAUGGACAACAUUGUCGCGUAGAAAGAGACGCGGUAGGCGUGAGCUGCGUUUUGAAUCGUGUGGCUCACUGCCGCAGCGAUGAGAUCCCGUAUGAGGGACACUGUUACCACCUGGCAGAACCCGAUAGCGGUCUGAACCACGCGGAAGCGUUGGAUUAUUGUUCACGGAAGCAGGCACGUCUUGUUGACAUCACCAGCCAAGCAGAAAACGACUUCAUCUCCGAAUGGCUGCUGCAGAUGCACCCGGAGAUCGGCUCCAUCAUGACUUCCGGUGUUGGCUUCACUACUCUGAAUCACACCUUGUGGCUCUGGGAAGACUCUUCGCAAGCCAAGUUCAAGUUCUCAAAAUGGUGGCCAGGUUGGCUGGAAGACAAGCAGGUGCCCCCACACGUGGGCUCGCGUCCUCUUUGCAUCGUGAUGAAACGCAAACUUCCGUGUCACGAGAGACCUGACACGAUUUGUGUCGCUGACUAUUUCUUCUGGGACACUGAAGAUUGUACUACCUCUGCGAAGGGACAUUCUUAUAUUUGCAAAAGACCCUACGAUGAUAUUGGUUGCGUUUAUGGGAAAGGAGCUCAAUACAUGGGAAAUGCAAACGUGACAGCAUCUGGGAAGCGUUGUCUUCCGUGGGCUGACGAAAAAGUAGCCCAUUCAUUAAGAAUACUGGCUCUUAGUCGAGACACCAAGGAGAAAUUGAAAACUCAUAAUUACUGCAGAAAUCUACAACCUCUUAAAGAAUCGAGACCAUGGUGCUUCACUGAGCCAAAUGGACAACGAGAACACUGUGACAUUCCACCUUGCGGAAAUAUUGGAUCUCAAAGGUCAAGUUUGGGAGGCCUCUGCAUGCCCAAACAUUUUGAGUGUUCACCGGGAGAGUGCAUCCCUUCACAGUGGGUUUGCGAUGGAGAAGAGGACUGCAGAAACGGCGCAGACGAAAGCGAUUGCUCGUCACAGAUGGACCUUUACCAAAAAUACGCGAAACAUAAGUUAGAAGGGCACGAUGUCGAAAAAUGGUUGAAUACCCCAUUAAAAACUUGCGCCGUCAGAUGCAAGGAUGCUGACUUCACGUGUCGAUCGUUUUCGCACAAGGCAGCAGGGAACAUUUGUCUAUUAAGCCAUAGCAACGUCGGCAUGACAGGAUCCUUGAAACCGAAUCGGGAAUUCGAUUAUUAUGAAAUGAAAGAAAGAAGCUUAAAUUGCGACGGCAUGUUCGUUUGCGACAACAAGAAGUGCAUAAACCAGACCAAAGUGUGCAACGGGAAAAACGACUGCCACGAUCGUAGCGACGAAAGUAUCUGCACCCUGGAAAAUCUGGACUAUGCCAUUCGACUUGCUGGCUCGAAUAACAGUUACGAAGGGAGAAUUGAAGUUAAGGUUUUGGGAGUCUGGGGUCAAGUUUGCGACGAUGGUUUCGGUAUGAUCGACGCCGAUGUAGUUUGCAAAGAGCUUGGCUUCACUCUUGGCGCUCUGGAAAUCCGACCAGGAGGAUUCUAUGGGAAUCUGGACCCACCCACGAGAUUCAUCGUGGAUCAGCUUCAAUGUCGAGGGAACGAGACAUCAUUGCGCGAAUGUGAUUUCGAUGGAUGGGGUGUUCACAAUUGCCAGCCAGAAGAAGCAGUAGGCGUUGUUUGCAAGACAGCAGUGGAUACUUGUCAAGAUGGACAUUGGAAGUGUGAGAAAAGUCCCACAUGCAUUCCGACUGCGUUCAUAUGCGACGAGGUAGUCGACUGUCCGGACGGUUCUGACGAAAGUUCCCAGCAUUGCGACGCACCUUUCGAGAUACGACUAGCGAAUGGAAGCUCUCCUUUAGAAGGAAGGGUUGAAGUUCGUCACCAUGGUGUAUGGGGCACCGUCUGUGACGACGAUUUCUCUACUGCAGCUGCUACUGUGAUUUGCAGGUCCUUGGGAUACACAGGGAAAGCUUUUGCCAAGAAGGAUGGAUACUUUGGGCCUGGAGAAGGACCCAUUUGGCUGGACGAAGUUUCUUGCCGCGGAAACGAGACUCAGCUGUAUCGAUGCGAGCACAAUCACUGGGGCCAAAAUAAUUGCAACCAUGACGAGGACGCAGGUGUGAUUUGUACACGUGGGGAUGUUAACGAUUCCGAGCUUGACUGGGACCUGCUGCCGGAUGUGAUGGCCAAGGACAUCAAUGACAUACUUCCGACUAAUUGCGGCCAGCGAUUGGAAGACUUCAACUCCGAGGAGGAUCUCAUAUUCGCGAAAGUGGUGCACGGUUCCAUCGCGCCGAAAGGAAGUUACCCUUGGCAGGCCAGCAUUCGCGUUCGAGGACACAGCAGGUCGAACCAUUGGUGUGGGGCGGUGGUUCUUUCACCUCUGCACGUGCUCACCGCUGCUCAUUGUCUGGAAGGGUACAAUAAAGGGACUUACUUUGUUCGUGCUGGUGAUUAUAAUACAGAGAUAGAUGAAGGAACAGAAGCAGAAGCCAAUAUCGAGAACUACUAUAUACACGAGGAUUUCCGCAAGGGCCAUCGAAUGAACAACGAUAUUGCUUUAGUAUUGCUGAAGGGACGAGGAAUAGCUCUUGGCAAGGAUAUCAUGCCGAUAUGCCUACCACCGGAGAACAUAGAAUAUCCGGCUGGUCUUAAUUGCACUAUCAGUGGAUUCGGCAGCAUCGACACUGGGAAAUCUGCUCAUUCUAAAGACUUGAGGUACGGUUGGGUACCAUUAUUGGACCAAUCCGUAUGUAGAGCAGAACACGUUUAUGGUCCGGGUGCCAUUAGAGAUGGCAUGGUUUGCGCUGGAUUCCUUGACGAGGGUGCAGACACCUGUGAUGGUGACUCCGGUGGACCAUUAGUUUGUCAUCAUAACGGAGGUUUCACAUUGUACGGGAUUACCAGCUGGGGACAACAUUGUGGGAAAGUGAACAAGCCCGGUGUUUACGUUCGUGUUUCCCAUUACCGUCGUUGGAUCGAUCAGAAGAUUAAAGAAUCCCUCUCAGGAAGGUAGAAUUAAUUGUUUAAACUCUGACAGUUCCGAACCAUUUCCAUUUAAAUAAUCUCAAAUAGAUCUAGUAGUUAAUUAUUCACUUAUAGAUUGUUGAUAUCGCCAAUUACAUAUAAAUUAUAAUAGUUCAAUUACUUUCUGCCAAAUAGGUUCAACGAUCAAUAUUGCAUAUUUAUUAGUAUCUAAGGUUAGAACAUUUACAUGUAACAUUGUAUUUUAAUACUGCUAAUAAUUGAACAGAGAAUAUUUAAAUUGAAUUUAAGAAAAACACAUGUCGCCAGAAAAUAAAAUUGUGGUAAAUAUUAAUUCGUUGCAUUGUUUGUAUUAACAAGUGAUAUUCUGAGUUGGAUUUAGAGUUAUUGGGGGGAAAUUUAGUGUUAUGGAAUAUGGCACUUGAAGAAGGAAAACAUCUUGAAGAAACGUCCAUUAAUCUGUAGUUUAUUUCGUAAGACAUCAUCGUUUCUACAAUAAUUGUAAUUGCUGUCUUGUCGCUGUUACAUGAUUGAGCCUAUGUAUGUACAAUAGUCCCAACAUAUUUGAUCGGAUCGAUCAAAAACGCGGAAACGGAAUUACCUCGACGUUCAUAUAAUAAA